CGUGACAGGACACAGAAGGCUCUAGGCGGGAAAUCUCGGCAAUCUUUCAGUUUACCACCGGUUGAACACGUCCUGCCAAGAUAUAUAGGAGCCGGUACUUCUACCGCUUCCACUACGACACGCCAAGCGCGGUGGAUAUCUUGGGCGGAAGAGAGACGUGGAGUGCAGAAGUGGGUCGACAUAAAAGGUUCUGGAACGAAUCAUGAAAAUCGGCGGAGAAAAGGAUAUGCCCAAAAUGGUCAGAUAAGACAACAAAUCCCAUAG